CGGAUGACAGCGCUGUCCACGGCGUGCGCGUCCUUCCGGUUGUGUAUGUGAUGUUUAUGUUUCUUUGAAUGUACGAAAUGUGUUUUCAUCGGCCUCAGGGUCAUGACACGCGAAUGCAUAAUGGAUUCAAAUUCAUUUUGACGCUUUGCUCUGCCUACGUCUGGUCAUGUCAUUCAAAACUGCCAGGAAUGUUUCUGACGGGUUAGCAAGCCAGCUGAGCUGAAGCGUUUCAUACUCUAGGGGUGGAGUUGGUCUGGUUGCCAUGGAGACGGAGGCUGAGGACCAUGGACUGUUUAUGGAUCCCGAUUUCCCUCCUGAUGACACCUCCCUCUUCUGUGACUACACCACGCCCCUCUCCAGUCUUCUGGGUGAUGUCACAUGGCUCCGCCCACAGGAAAUCUGUGAGCAUCCUCAGCUCUUCCCUGAUGACCCAGUGGAGGCCCACCCGAAGCAAGGCAUUCUGGGAGACUGCUGGUUGCUUUGUGCCUGCUCCAUGUUACUCAAGAACCAGCAUCUGUUGAACAAGGUAUUUCCACAUAAACAGCUUUUGUGGGAUGACAACGGUUACAGUGGAGAUUUCCGGUUCCGGUUCUGGCGGAAUGGGCAAUGGAUAGAGAUACGAGUGGAUGACCGUCUGCCCUGUAUCAAAGACACUCUCUGCUUCUCACGGUGCCAGAGCCCGAGGGCAUUCUGGGUGGCAUUGUUGGAGAAAGCAUAUGCCAAGUUACAUGGUUCAUAUGAGCGUUUGUGGGCGGGGCAAGUAUGUGAGGCCAUGGUGGGCAUGAGUGGAGCCAUAGCGGUACGAUGGAGUCUGAAAGGGGUGAAGUUGCCACAGCACCAAAGCAAUGGCCAGAUUCAAGACACGCCUAAUGGUAAUGGCUUGAACCUAUCGCAGCUCUCACUGGAGCUGAAGGAGCGAUGUGCCAUCAGCUGCUGUAUCCACAGCGCCCCCACAGGUGUCCCAGAACUUGGCCAGUUCCACGCCAUGAGUGUGAUGGAAUGGACAAAUGUGACAACGACAACUGGAGAACAAGUUCAGCUGAUCAGGAUACGAAACCCCUGGGGGAGGAAGAGCUGGAGCGGAGCGUGGAAGGAGAGUGGAUCAGGGUGGACUUCUUUGGAGCCCUCAUGUGCUCAGUCUCUACUGGGCCGCACAGCAGUGGGUGAAUUCUGGAUGGACGAGGCAGAAUUCCAGCAGGAAUUUGAUGAGGUCACAGUGGGCUAUCCAGUCAGUGAUGCAGGACACCUCCAGAGCAUCUACACUGGAAGUUUUCUAACCCAUAGCCACCAGAUUGGUGGCCGCUGGGUCAAAGGUCACUCUUCAGGUGGUUGCCGUAACAACAGCACUUUUAGCAGCAAUCCUAAGUACUGGUUGAAAGUGUGUGAGAAGGGAGAAAUCUUGCUGUCAUUGCUGCAGUACGCACUUCCUGAACCACCAGCAGCUGGCAGCGUUCAGCAGCAUCCACACCUCCAGGCCAUUGCACUGCAUGUAUGGAAGGUGGAGAAGAAACACUUUAACCUGAUGCGGACGUUGAACAAGCCACCAGUUGUAUCACACACACAUGCGUAUAAUCGAGAAGUGGUUGUACACACUCAGCUGAGUCCUGGGUUUUACCUGCUGGUGCCCAGUACCUUCCUGCAGGGAGCUGAGGGCCGAUUCCUCCUAAGAGUUCAUUCUUCCUGUCCUACCUCCCUCAGUGUGAUGAAUUUGAUGACUCCUCCCCAGCACUGCUCAGAGGGAGAGUGGGAAACUAUCAGUUCUCAUGGCUGUUGGACUGUCGGCUUGACUGCAGGAGGAGGUCGGAACUUCCCCACACAUGGACACAACCCCCGCAUGCCACUUAGUGUGAAAUAUGACCCUGGCGGUAACAAUGUUAGGGUCACCCUACGUCAAAACAGGCUCGAAGAUGCCCUCCAUGCCAUCGGCUUCCAUAUUUAUAAGGUACCCGAUGGUGGCUCUUGCUCCUUGUUAACCCCCGGUGCCAUGUCUCCGGUGGUUAGCUGUAUACCUCAUGCCCACUCCCAGGAGGUCAGUGUGUUCUGCCGUCUGCAGAAGGGCGAGUAUGUCGUAGUUCCCUCCACCUACCAGCCAGAACUCAGCGCACAAUUUACACUUACCCUUACGCUCAGGAUGCAUCGAAAAGCAAUGCAGUGUCACGAGCAUCUUGGACGUGCCAUUCAGGAGGUCUCCUGUAUAUCUGUGAUGAGAAGAAAGUCUGGGGAAGGGGAAUAGUUGCCCAUGCUGAUGUGUGUUGAAGGUCUUCACCUCCAUUCGUAGGACAGGAGUCUCCGAAGUUUUACUAACAAUGUAGCCAUUCAAAACCUCAUCCACUGAGCUGAUCUCUAAUGGGAGCCGACGGUGCACAUCUCUCACAACAAACAGCGACCACUGAAGCUGCCAUACAGCUUCAGCCAUGCCCAGCGACCCCAACAGAGACACCAUUCAGCAGAGAGACACAUGCCCAUGGAGUGAUACACAUGAACAGAGUCUGCCCAGACUCCAAGAGACAGAAACAGCAAAGAGAGAAUAGAACAGAGAUGAGAGGAAACGCAAACAACCAAGAGAGAAAAAAUCAAUAAAAAUACCAUUGAUGAUUGAAAUGUGUCAACCAGUAGAGAUUCAGCUGUAUAAUGGGUGCUAUAAUUUAAGCUAUGUACAUGUGAGAACGAGACAUUGUUUUUUUAUCGAGGGGUGUUGUUAGGCACAAUGCAAAGUGGAGUUUUGUUGUUGCAACUUGCGCAUUAAUAUAUAAUUUAACCAAUUUCAUUUAUCACUACUGUUUAAAGGUUUGGAAUCACCAUGAUAUUUGUAUGUUUUUGAAAGAAAUACUAAUUUUCUUCCCAAAGGAUGCUUACAAUUGAUCAAGAAUUACAGUUUAGACACUUAUGAUGUAACAAAUGGCUAUUUCUACUCAUAUAAAUGCAGUAUUCUUCAUAAUUUCUGUUUAGCCAUGAAUCCUCAACUUACAGCUGUUAGCACAUUAGAAUGAUUUCUCAACGAUUAGGUGACACUGUAUUUUGUUAGUAGACUGGCGUAAUAACUGCUGAAAAUGGGGCUUUGCCAUUUUGGGCAAAAAAUUGCAUUUUGAAAUAAAUUGAAAAAAAUUAUAUGAAACAUCUAUUUCAAACAGUGAUAGUGUUUUUGGCAGUUGCUGAUCAAUGUUAUGCAUCCUUGGUGAACAGGAGCAUCAAAUUCUUUCAAGAACAAAAAUGUCUUAUUCCAAACUUUUAAAUGUAGUGUAUUUGGCCAUGGUUGUGUGUAAUGUGUCUAUCCACAAAAACUUUGACAAGUCUUUUGUUACAUAAUGUAAAGCAGUUUUUGCUCUCAUUUGUUAUGAAUAAUCUUAUCUUUUGAUCUGCAUCCAGAAGGAUGAACAGGGUGAAGAAAAGCAGAUGGGAGUAAUAUUGGCCCAGAGAGGGAUAGAAAGGCAAGGACUGAAUGAGUGGGAGGGUACGCGGCUCUACUGAAGCUCUAACGCUCUCUGAAGUAUGUGGCAGAGUUGGUGCUCAUCACGCAGUUGCUGCCCCGUCGGCCUCUUUGAGUGCUAAUAGCCUGUGUGACAGUCCGAAAGGCCCAUUAAGGCCACACUAGUGACGAACUUGCAGCGUCACUGCCAACCCUGUCCCAGCCAGCACAUGAUGCCGCCACACAAUGAUUCACUGUGUGAAACAAAUAUACUGCUGUGAUGUACUUCUCCCUGUGUUCCUGUCUGUUAUAUAGGUACAAAACAUUAACUAAAUUAAUUUGAAUUUAAA